AAGGAGGGCUGCAAUGGCGGAGGAGAGGGAGGCAGACACGGCAUCGACAGGCCCGACCGAUGCAUCGCUAGAUCUCGAUAAGUGGCUCAAGACGCUCGGCGUCAAGGAGCUCACCUACCAGAAGACCAUAGAGGCCCAUGAGGAGGAGAGAAGGACCUCGGGGAAGGAGCCUGUGCACAACGUAGAGGUGAGAAUUGCCAUUCCGCUGCAACUGAAUGGCGGAUGUCUUGUCUGCCUUUUUGCCGUCGCUUUUUGCAGUUGAUUGCGGAGGACGUCAAGCGCACUCGGCAGCACUAUGCCCUCUUCCAAGCACAGGAGACCAAAGUAGGAGUCGGCCGCGACCUGACUGACGUGUCCAUGGCAAACGACCAGCUGAUGCUCGUGGCCGUGUUUGUGUUCGUGUGUGUGGCAGGAUGAGCUGCAGGCGGUGUUGGCCCACUACUGUGCGCUGCGGCGGAAGGACAUACACUACUACAAGCAGGGUACACACCACCCCUCCAGCACACACGCGCCGGGGAGCCUGCCUUUUGUGUGUGUUGUGUUUUGUUGUGUUGGCCGUGCAGGUCUGCACGAGGUGUGUGCGCCUUUCCUGUUCCUGGCUCCCCGGCCCAGCCGCCCGCAGCUGCUGGGGUGCCUUGACAUGAUCAUCCGCAAUAUGGGCGCCAGGAUCUUCCACGAGGCCGAGAUGAGCCUAUCGUCAAGAGGGCCCGUGCUGCCUCUCCAACUCAUGUGUCAAGUCACCAGGUACUGUAUAGGUGGACGGAGGGAGGGAGGGGAGGAGAGGUCUUUGUCAUGGUUGUGUGGUGUGGUGUGUGUGUGGGCAGGCUGUUGCUUCAGUUUCACGAUCCCGAGUUGAGCAAGGCGCUGGACAACCAGGAGAUCAUGCCGGACCUCUACCUAGUCAAGUGAGCCACACACUCACACGGCAGCCAGCCACCCAGCCAGCCACCCACCUGGCCGGCCGCUCACGGACGGACCGACCUCCUGUGUUGUCUGUGUUGUCUGUGUUGUCUGUGUUGUGUGUGUUGUGUGCAGGUGGUAUACAUCCUUGUACACAUCAUGCUUCCGUGACGUGCAUCUGCUGCUCGCACUCUGGCGGGAGUGCCUCAAGCACCAAGUAUGCCACCAUAACAGACCGAAAACAACACACACACGUCCUCCCAUGUCUGUCUGUCUGUCUGUCUGUGUGGUUCCGUGUCAGCCGUCGUACACGAUGGUCUACUUCAUCGCAUUGGGGUGGCUGACGAUGCACCGGGAGCGGCUGCUGAGCCACCGGGGCAGCAGCGACAACCUCCACCACUUCCUCCUCAGGAGCUUCGACGCCGACUGUAGCCCACCCGCGGCACACGAGGAGGGCGGCAACGGACACGACGCGCAGACCAACGGACACGGUGACUGACGCAAGAAAAAAACGGCGCACUCGGUUGGAUGGUUAUGCAUAUCUGUCGUGUGUGUGUGCAUCAGAGUACCGUCCCUUCCCUUUGACUGCGCUUGUGAAGGAGGCCCUCAAGCUACGCGACGCCACGCCACUGACUUUUCUGACACUCCUGAGGGACGUGUCAGGACGGUGCGCGCACACACACUCACACACACACGAGAGAGAGAGAAUCGCACACACGUCGCUAGUUCUUUUCUUUUCUCCCAUUCCCUCAGGCCCGAUUUGCUGUCAAUUAGCAAGCCGUCUUCCCCGGCAUCCCCCGACCCCCAUCCGGCCUUCCCCGUCCCCUCCCCCAGCAGCUCCGCCAGAUCGGACACCACUCGGUCCGACGACCUGACCACCAGCAGCAACAGCAGCAAGACCAACCCAUGGGCGCUCCUCAACUCAUUCAACCCAUUCAAGAACGCCCUCGACAUGGCCAACGGCACAGAGGGGAUGCCGCGAGUGCUCAUCGAGGAGUCGCCUCUGUUCUGUCUGCACAUUGAGGCGCAGGACAUCAUGGCGAGCGUGGAGCCGUGCAGUAGUAGAAAGGGCGGCGAGGGUGGUGGGGGUGGUGCUGGUGGCGGUGGGGGUGGCGGUGGGGGUGCCCUAUUCGGCGGCAAGAAGGGCGGCGGGGCCGCCAAGAAGGCCGCAGCAGGCGGCGGCGGCGGUGCUGGUGCGGGCGGGGAAGCAGACGAGGCCGACGGCGGACUGAGGUGGAAGACGGCGAUAGUGGACACGCGGCCGCAGAGUGUGCGGCGGAUGGAUGGCAAGAUCCGGAAAUGGCCCGCAAACAUGAUAGUGUACGUCGUCGACCCAGAUAACAGACACGUGAGUAUCGGCCAGCACAACCCCCACUCCAUUGCCGUCUGGUCAUUCUUUCCUCUCUCUCUCUCUGUCUGUCUAUCUGUCUGUGUGCCUCAUCAAGCAGUCCGUGAGUCAGCUGAUCGCGGUCUGCCUGGGUCAGCAGCGCGCGCUCGGUCCCACCGACCGCCCCCUUUUCGUGAUAGCCAACCAGGACGGCAGAGUCAUCGACGAGUCCCACACAGACACAGACAACCAUGACACCUCCACGCCCCUCUCAUCACCCUCUCCACCACACGAGCACCCCGGACCCACACAGAGAGAGAGGGAGGGUGGCAGCCCACAGCCGCCGCACGGCAGAGGCCAGCAGCGUCGUGCGAAGCGGAGGCAGCUGCAUGUGGCCAACCCUCUGAUGGCGCUGGACAUGUCCAAGGAGCCGUUGAAGCGUCUGGUGGCCAUGAUGGUCAUACACGGGGUCAAAGGUGAGUGAGACCACGACAGAGGAGAGGCUCGGUCGAUACAGAGCGACCCAUGUACCCGUGUGUAUGCCUGGCUGGCUGAUCCUUCCUGUCUUCAGGCGUAGCAUUGCUCAAGGGCGGCAAGGCGGCAUUCGACAAGCUGCUGAUCGACUGCCGCUUCCGCCCACCUCCACCUCCACAGCCACCGGUGCCGCCACCAGUGCCGCCACCGAGGUCCACCAUGCCAAUCGCACCGCCACGAGGGCCCAUGCCGCUUCCCGCACACCAGAUGGUCCAGCACAUGACCCGCAACGAGGCGACGCGCAAGGGCGGCGCGGGCUUGAUGGAGCCUGCGCCCAUUGUGCCCCCUCUGGCAGCUGCUAGGAGGGAGGGCAGCCCGGCGUCGUGGCUGGUGGAGAACAUGCAGAGGGGCGUCCAGAGCUUCGCUUGGAGUGGGUGCAAAAGGCACAGAGAGAGAGGGAGAGAGGCCUUGUGAAGCUAGCUGUGUGUGCUGAUGCCUUCUGUAGCUAACUGUGUGUGUUGGCUGUCGUGUGUUCAGAUGAGACCUUCAAGCGGAGGCCCCUGGACCUUGCCAACCUCCCGAAGCCGCCUCUCGACCCCACCCAGGCAUCCACACCCACCACCACUGCCCCUCCACCGCAUGUCGCCGGCGCCCCCGCUUCACCCUCGCCGCCACUCGUGAACGGGUCUCUCGUCUUCACACCCAACGGCUUCGUCGACAUCCGCCACUCUGCGGACGGAUCGCCAUCCUCACGGCCAUCCCACCACGACUCGCCCGUGUCGUCACCAUCAUCUGGUCGGUCCGGCCAUCAGCAACAUCAGCAGCAACAGCAGCAGCAGUACCAACACCACCACCACCACCACCAGCAUCAGCAGCAGCAGCAGGGGUCGCCACAGAUGAUGCCGGGGCAGGGAGGUCCUGGAGCCGCAGACACCCUCAGGGUGCCCGUCCGGGCGUAUGGACAGCAGCCAUUCGGGCACUCGGCUUCCCCGCCACUCGUACAUCGCCAUCACUAUCCGCCCCCUAGACCGGUCCACGCGGCUGCAGAUGUCCGCUCGUUCGGAUCGCCUCUCUCAGCGCCCUCCAGCUUCGCGGAAGCUCCAGGCGACAAUCGCGUGCAUUUGCGUGUGCCGAGAGGGGUGCAGGGCGGUGGAGCGGUGAACGGGUGGCUGGGCCAGGCUGAGGGUCUCGGGCUGAGUCCCCGGAAGGUGCGGACGGGCGGGGGCGAGGUGCGGCUGGACCCACUCCUCCAGGCCGGCGGACUCAGUCCUCGCAAGGUAGAGAGAGUGAAGACAUAAUGCACUCACGAGGACACGAAUGCACUCGCAACCUGCCAUCUGUCUCCAUCUGUCUGUCUAUUUUGCUCAUCAGGCCAAGCCCCUGGCCCGCCCUCCCGUGUUGAUGCAGUUCCCCAUCCCUCCCCCCCAGCCCCCAUCGACCUACUGCCCCACAGCCGGCUCACCCACACACCGACCGCUGCACUUGACGCGGCCCGUGCCGGUGCGUCAGGGGGCCCCCUUUGCUGCGGCGGCCUUCAGGCCUCUGCCCAACAGCGGAUGGGACGCCAUGCGGCCCCAGGAGCCGCGCUAUCGCGAGGUGCGUGAGUUGCCCCCGCCACUGCCCCCGCCACCCAUGAAUAUCCACGCGAGGAGGCAGGAGGUGAGAGAGAGAAGGGCGGGACGGAGGGAGGGAGGCGUGGAUGGCGGCGUGUGCAACUGCUUGGGUGAGUGUGUGUGUGUAUCAGGUUGUGUAUGAGAAUUCGCCGCGACCCGCGCCGGUUGCCGCUUCUGCUGCCUUUGCUGGUGUUGCUGGUGUUGCUGCUGGUGCGGUGGCACCACAGCGGGCGAAUGGGGCGAGCAAGGAGGAUGACAUUUUCUACCGACCUGCCAACGGAACAGCGGAUCAUGAACAGCAGCACCACAACCACCACCAGGACCACCACCACCAGAACCACCAGCAGCUGCAGCAAGAGGACGAAGCACCAGAGAUCGCCAGGUCAGAACAGGCAAAUCAAACGGUGAACAACAGCCUUCGACCAUCCUCCGUCUGUCUGUGUAUCCCUUGCACACAGGGAGCCUUUACCCGUACCUGGCGAGGAGUCCAUCGCCACCGAGGCACCGCAGCCGCACCCACCGGCCUUCACGGACCCGCCUAAUCCACAGCACCCAUCACGCGUGGCUGUCGACGAGCCAUCCAGUGGCGAACAGGCAGCCAGCUGCAACGGCCAUCAGGAUGACGCUGAGGACGCUGCCGCUGCUGGUGGUGUUGACGGUGUCGCAGAGGAGGAUGGAGGUGAAGAUGAGUACUACGAGUACGAUGACGACCUGGUGCUGCCCGAUAGCCCGACGGGGAACCCGUUCGCCGCUGACGAGUGACGUGAUAGACGGAUGGAUGGAUGGCAGUAUGGGUGCAUGUGGGUGCAAUUGGUUGAAUGAUAGUGUGGCGGGAGGAGGAGGUGGGAGGAGUUGGAUUGUUGUCAAGCAAACAGCAAAUUCGUGGUUACUUUGUGAAUAGAAUGGAUGGAUGGCCUGUCUGCCUGCCUGUCUGUCUGUCUGUCUUGCCUGUAUCGGUGGCCCCUGGCGGACAUAUAUGGAUGAAUGCCUCUCUGUCUACAUUUAAACA